UGUCCCCGUGGGCUGGAGCUGGGAGCCGCUUUUCUCCACUGACCGGUGCUGCGGCGUCGUGGGCAUGAGGCAGAAACGGAAAGGAGCUCUUAGCCCUGCUGAGCUGAUGAUGUUGACUAUAGGAGAUGUUAUUAAACAACUGAUUGAAGCCCACGAACAGGGGAAAGACAUCGAUCUAAAUAAGGUGAAAACCAAAACAGCUGCCAAAUAUGGCCUGUCAGCACAGCCCCGCCUUGUGGACAUCAUCGCUGCAGUCCCUCCUCAGUAUCGAAAGGUGUUGGUCCCCAAAUUAAAGUCAAAACCCAUCAGAACUGCCAGUGGGAUUGCUGUUGUGGCUGUGAUGUGCAAACCCCACAGGUGUCCACACAUCAGUUUUACAGGAAAUAUAUGUGUAUACUGCCCUGGUGGACCUGACUCAGAUUUUGAAUAUUCAACCCAGUCUUAUACUGGAUAUGAGCCAACCUCCAUGCGAGCUAUCCGUGCUAGAUAUGACCCUUAUCUACAGACAAGACACCGAAUAGAACAGUUAAAACAACUUGGUCACAGUGUGGAUAAAGUGGAGUUUAUUGUGAUGGGUGGUACGUUUAUGGCUCUUCCAGAAGAAUACAGAGAUUAUUUUAUUCGAAAUUUACAUGAUGCCUUAUCAGGACAUACUUCCAACAAUAUUUACGAGGCAGUCAAGUAUUCUGAGAGAAGCCUUACAAAAUGUAUUGGAAUUACCAUCGAGACCAGACCAGAUUAUUGUAUGAAGCGACAUUUAAGUGACAUGUUGACCUAUGGCUGCACAAGGCUGGAGAUUGGGGUCCAGAGUGUCUACGAAGAUGUGGCCAGAGAUACCAACAGGGGCCACACUGUGAAGGCGGUAUGUGAGUCAUUUAACCUGGCCAAAGAUUCCGGCUUCAAAGUUGUAGCUCACAUGAUGCCUGAUCUGCCAAAUGUGGGAUUAGAGAGAGACAUCGAACAGUUCACCGAGUUUUUUGAGAACCCUGCUUUUCGUCCUGAUGGUUUGAAGCUCUACCCUACCCUGGUGAUUCGUGGAACUGGGCUUUAUGAGCUUUGGAAAUCAGGAAGAUAUAAAAGUUAUUCUCCUAGUGACCUGAUUGAAUUGGUGGCUCGGAUCCUAGCCCUUGUGCCUCCAUGGACUCGAGUGUACCGUGUGCAGAGAGAUAUUCCAAUGCCCCUAGUCAGCUCAGGAGUAGAGCAUGGUAAUUUGAGAGAGCUGGCCUUUGCAAGAAUGAAAGACCUUGGAAUACAGUGUCGAGAUGUGAGAACCAGAGAAGUUGGGAUUCAAGAAAUUCAUCACAAAGUACGGCCAUAUCAGGUUGAAUUGGUAAGAAGAGAUUAUGUUGCAAAUGGCGGCUGGGAAACGUUCUUGUCAUAUGAAGACCCAGAUCAAGACAUUUUGAUUGGCCUCCUACGAUUACGGAAGUGUUCCGAGGAAACCUUCCGAUUUGAAUUGGGCGGAGGUGUUUCCAUAGUCCGAGAGCUGCAUGUGUAUGGAAGUGUGGUCCCUGUGAGCAGUCGGGAUCCAGCUAAAUUUCAGCAUCAGGGAUUUGGCAUGCUGCUGAUGGAGGAAGCAGAAAGAAUAGCUAGAGAAGAGCAUGGAUCUGGGAAAAUAGCUGUUAUAUCAGGGGUCGGCACCAGGAAUUAUUAUAGAAAGAUUGGCUACAGGUUGCAAGGUCCGUACAUGGUAAAGAUGCUGAAAUAAUGGCUACACACCAGUCCACCUUUAUGAAGUAUCCUUUCUGGCAAAAGAGAGAGAAUCAGAGUUUCUUGAAUACUCAGCAGAGACGCUAAGCAAAGCAAAUGGACCAAACUGUCACCCGGCUGGAGCUUCCCCUCAUCCUGCAGCUGCAGAGACUAGAAACUGCUUUCGAGGCCAGGCUGGACGUCUGCUGACACACCCCAGAGCUGUCCCUCCUGUGUGCAACAAGAAGUCACUACAGUUUCUGAGGCUUAAAUUGCUUAUCCAAUUUCUGAAUUCUGCACAAGGCCUGCAGGUGACCUAUUUUGACCCAGACACAGUGACAAAAGCAAAUUAACUCAUUUGGACACCACAACUCAUGAAAUAAAACUAAUGAUUGUCAUUUGAGGAGCACACUUAGGAGUAAGUUAUUUAUAUACUGUAGGGACAGGUUGGAACAUAUAAAAACCAUCAGAUUUUGAUCUCUGGCCUUUAGCUAUACGUGCAUUCAUGCACGUCAGGAAAAUGAGCUUUUGUUUUAAUGGAAAUCGUUCUGGUUACUGUGCUCAUGUUUUGAAAUAACUGUGAUGGAGAGAGAGGAACUGAGCUUGUGGGUUUGUGUUUAAGCUUGACGGUGGCUGUCCCCCAGCCUCUCCCAUUCAGGAGCCUCCCAUCUAAGACAGGCCAUGACAAAGAGCCUUUGUUUCACAUUCUUUGCUGUUUGUACUUCACACACUCUUGGCGACUGCGGAACAGCAUGGACAGCCACGCCUGUGGUGCCCAGAAGGUGCUGGCUUUCCCAUUUGUCUGUCCUGCAGAGUCCAACGUGCACAUGUCUGGGGCUGUGUGGCCCUAAGUCAAGAUUCGCUUUCACAGAUGCCGUUCCCUGCAUGUUAAUUCUUUAAGCUGGAUUUUGGUUUGUAUUAAAUGGAGAAAGGUAAGAGUUCAACUCCUGUGUGAAAGCAAAAAAUGGAGAAAAGGGUUGUCUUCUUCAGAGGUCCAUCUUGUAGAAACGCCUCUUUGAAAUGGUCAGGUAAUCUACUGAGGAGACUCAUCCUAGAGCGGGUCAGUUCCUAAAUUACCACCAUUAACCUCAGAUUAAGGCUUAAUCCCGGGCCCCUUAGCUCCUGUGGCAUUUUACAAAGAUUUGUUUAAUGGAAUUGAUUCCUCUAAAAGGGUCUGAAAAUAAAAAAUCUUUAA